CACGCCUCUUUGAGGAACAAUCCCGCGUCUUCUCCGCUCUGUUCAUCAGUGCUGCUUUCGAGAGCCGUGCUUCAAGUGUCACUCGCUCGGAUACACUCUUGUCUUUGGAGGAAGUUUUCUGCAAGCUUGAAUCCUUUUCUACACUUCACAGAAGCACUAAAGAGAAAAAUGUGAAAAGAUUUUGGUGAAAUUAAAAUUUCCGCAAAAUUACUGAAAAUGGAGCAUCUCGAUUUAAAUCAGAACUUGACCCAAAAGAAUGGGAACAUCACCAAAGAAUUUAAUUCAAUACUCACUCAGCAUGAGGAUUUAAGAAGAGCGACCUUGUUGAAGCACCGUAAAGUUUCCACGCAGUUGAAGUUAGACAUGGUGCAAAGGCAGCUUUCUUGCCUGCGAAGAUCGCACACGGACUCCGAGACCGCCCGCCAGUUCUACCGCUCGCAAAUGGCGGAACUCUCCAGCGAACUCCAGGACCUCGACUGCUCCCUCAACAAAGUGGAGCGAAACGCCUUUUACGCGCGGAAGAGGCUGCUCAGGCAGUACGGCAUGGAAUACGUCAGUCAGAGCACAGGUGCCAUCUCCCUGUCGUCCUCCCACCCCGCGAUAUUCUCUUCCAACGAUAAUUUACAGCGGAGCACCUCCAGGAGCAGCCUCAUCUCCAAAGUGAGCCACCUCGUCUCCUCCUCCCCGAGCCACAAAUCAAAGAAGAGACACUUCUUCGGAGAGCUGAGAGCAGUGGCUUCGCUCUCAUCUCUAAAUACCAAAUCUGGUUCUCAAGCUAAUGGAGAGGAAGAUAGCUCACCCCCCUCAAAGGAUUCGAAGCCAUGGAAGGCACCCCUCAAGUUCCUUGGAAAUCUAGUAGACUCGAGGAUUCGUCGGAAACUCUGGGGUUCCGACAGAACGAAAUCAGUGGAUCAUAUCAUGGACGAUAAAAAGGAAAGUUCCGACAUAGAAAGCAAGGACUGCAAUGGGUUUGGGAUUACAGACGAUACCAGCAGUUCGUCCACCUCCUCUUCAGAAUCGAAUGACGAAGAGGAGGUGGAAGAAAUUGAGGAGUGGAGGCCAAAGAGAGGGUCUAGGAGCGCAUGGAAAGCUCCUGUGGCAAGAAAGAUAUCAAAUAAUCAGAAGGCUCAGAUUGAUCCAGCUAUUCUGGCCGAAAUUGAGGAGUUUGAGAAGAUGGCGGCGCAGUACAUUAAACAACAUAGUUAAUUCUCUAGUCACCAGUACAUCGAAUUUCUGAGAAUGAUAAAGUAAAGUUCUUUCACAGAACUUUAAAAAAGAAACAAAAUACAACAAAUUGACAUAAUUGUUGUGAAAAACUUUCAUAUCCAUACAAAGAAAAUUUGAUUGAACAGUGAAAUCAAUGGACUUUGCCAAACAAAGAUUACUGAAUCUUUGAAAGAUAAUCUAUGCCUUGGAACUGACUAUUCAAGUGAUUAUGUUUGCUGUAUGGUAGAAUCAAGUGUGUAAAUAUUCGCUCAGACACGAAGAUGUCAAUAAUUCAUUUGAUGAACUAUAGAAUAUUCGGUGUCAGAAUUUGUUGUUUGAUUUUACUGACACUUCAAGGAUUUGCGAAGUGUUUUUUAUUUUGUGAUUGUAGCGCUGGAAUUGUAUUUAUAUGUUGUUUGUUUAAAAACUAAAUAAAAAGUCAAUUCUCUUUUCUGAAA